AUGGCGGUGAGGAAUGCACUGCUGACGUAUCUCAGAGUGAACGUGAGCCCUCUGCCUCUGUUUCAAAACCCUAGAGCCGGCGUCGGCGGUAUGCCGCAGCUCAUCAGGCGCCAUUUCUCGGACGAGGCGAAGGGCUCUUUCCUCGAUAAGUCUGAGGUCACCGAUCGUGUACUUUCCGUUGUUAAGAACUUUCAGAAAGUCGAUCCUUCGAAGGUUACCCCGAAUGCGCAUUUCCAGAAUGAUCUUGGACUGGAUAGUUUGGACUCUGUUGAAAUUGUGAUGGCCCUUGAAGAAGAAUUCGGCUUUGAGAUUCCGGACAAUGAAGCAGACAAAAUUAACUCAAUCAAUCUUGCCGUUGACUUCAUUGCCCGUCGAGCCUUCAUCGAUAUAUCGCCGGCGAUCUACCUCAGCCGUGAACGUUGCCGGAGAAGAGAACCCCGUAACCUCUGUUCGCACGUCUUAACAGGUCCAGAAACGCCACCAGCUUCUUCAGUCGUCGGUGGCAGAGAAGUGUCGGAAGUCCCCAAUUUUUGUCGCGCUGUGAAGAGCAGCGGGUUCCAACUUUUCGUUCGAUUUCCCAGUCAGCCCUCGCCGGCGAACUUGAGAGUGGCCGUCCGUUCACCCCACAACAAGCUCCGUCAAUUUUUUCUCAGUCGGUGA